UGGACAUUUGAUUCUUACAGUUACAGAAGGUCGACUUGCUCUUUCAAUGACAACAAUACCCUUCAUUGCAUCUAUUUUGACUUGGUUGUUCUGAAUUAUAUAUUAGUUUCCAUGUACACAUUCAUGUCUAACUAGCUGUGAGGUUGAAAUUGAUGCUCUCAACUCUCAAGGAUAAGGCUUUCUGAGAACACAAACUAGUCAUAAGCUAGCAGGUUCCAUCAAAACACAGAACUUGACUUGAGGCAUGGGUUUGUAUGGAUUUAUUUACCCGUUUGUCUUUGUUAUGAUUUUUUCUCAUGCAGGGGCAUUUAAACCUGUGGAUCCAACUGGGAACAUUACAAUCAAAUGGGAUAUCCUGUCAUGGACUCCAGAUGGUUAUGUGGCAGUGGUGACAAUUACCAACUAUCAAAAGCAUAGGCAAAUAAAGAACCCUGGGUGGACAAUAGGAUGGACAUGGGCAAAGAAAGAAUUCAUAUGGUUAAUGGUAGGAGCUCAAGCCAUUGAGCAAGGAGACUGUUCCAAGUUCAAAGGAUAUAUUCCACACUCUUGCAAGAGAAAUCCUGAAAUUGUUGAUUUGCUUCCUGGAGUACCUUAUAACCAACAGAUUGCAAAUUGCUGCAAAGGUGGUGUAUUGUCAGCUUGGGGAAAAAACUUUUCAACUGCAGUUUCUGCCUUUCAGCUAACUGUUGGUUCUGCUGGUACUACUAAUAAGACAGUAAGACUGCCUAACAAGUUUACUUUCCGAGGAGGCUACACUUGCAGCCGAGCCGCCAUUGUCCCUCCCUCAGUUUUUCUGUCAUCUGGUGGUCUUCGAAGAACUCGAGCAAUAAUGACAUGGAAUGUCAAGUGCACUUACUCAUAAAUGCUGACUUCUCCGAACCCAACCAGGCUGCAUCUCGAUGCCAUCUCUUUAACACUCCAUAACCACUCCUCGACGCAUGAGCAUCUGAUCAUGAACAGCUAGCUAUCUUCUGAUAUCAUAGCUUUUUAAGUUAAGCUAUAGUCUUGAGAAUUAUGAUUUAUUUAAGAAAAUUUUACGUAAUAAUAAGAUUAUAUACUAUUAUAUAUUUAGGAUGUUAUCAUGUCAAAGCCAAUUAUAAAUUGAGAAAAAAAACAAGUUAUUGCCAUUA